AUGUUAAAAGUCAGUAAACUCAAAUACGUGCCUGAUACUCUCCGAAUUACCAACAUGAGAGCCACUACUAUCGUCAUCCUCGCCAUCUCUGGCUUCGCCAUUGCCGCGACACCUCAAGCUCCCGGUGCUCGCGAAGCGCCCGCUCCUGUGAAGGACAACCGCAACCUCAAAUACGUGCACAACGUACCUAUGGCCAAGACUCUUGAACAAGUCGAGGCCGAAAAUGAGUCGUCUUAA